AACGUUGUUUGACAUACCCAUCGUUAUAGGCUUCGCCUCUGGCAGUUUCUUUUUUAAAAGGCAAGCUCAAAGCCACAGAUUAUACAUUCUGCUCACAAACCGUGCGGGUAUAAUAACCUACAGAGCCACGGGAGGAAUCAGGCUUUGUUUCUCAUUUGGAGGUUUGCGCGUAAACGGCACCGGACAUCACUGAGGGGAGAUUUACUGAGGUGCUUCGAUAUUUUUGAUUUCUUUUCUUUUUUGAAUUCCUGCUGACUCUUCCCAGGCUGAGCAGGGGAUCGUGUCGGCUGCUGUGGAUUGUGAGCAUCACAUGCGGUGACAGCGAGGACUUGAGCGCGCAAAGGCACCUGUGGAUGCAGCGAACACCCCCCUAAUGUUUGGACUCACACCGUUUGGAAAGAAAGGAUUCAGCGCUAGAUCGAGUUGAUAAACGUUGCGGUUUCGGUCCAACACCCUGCAGCUCUUAGCCGAGAAGACGCACCAUGCUGCUGAGCGCCUCCUUCCUGGUGCUUCCCCUGCUGAGCGCGAUCACCGGCUGCGGUUCGUCGUACGUGCCGUGCGAGCCGUGCGAUCAGAAGGCCCUGUCCAUGUGUCCGCCGGUGCCGGUGGGCUGUCAGCUGGUCAAGGAGCCCGGCUGCGGCUGCUGCCUGACGUGCGCGCUCGACGAAGGCCAGCCGUGCGGCGUGUAUACCGGACCGUGCACGCGCGGGCUCCGCUGUCUGCCCAAGAACGGAGAGGAGAAGCCGCUGCACGCGCUGCUGCACGGCCGGGGGGUGUGCAGGAACGAGAAGUUGUAUAAACUGCUGCACUCGUCCAAAGACGGGGAAACUCUUGAUGAUGCCAGGCUACCCAUCCCCGAGACGAUGCCUCCCCAAGCCAAGGUGCCCUUAUACAGAAUAGACCACAUCAGCAGCCGCAAGGCGAAGGCGAUGAAGCAGGCCAAGGACAGCAAUAAGCUGCGGUCUCGGCUGGGACCAGCCAGCAACCUGGAUUUCACUCCACACAGCCUUGAUAAGCUGGAGCCAGAGUUUGGUCCCUGCAGGAGAAGACUGGACAAUCUCAUUCACAGUAUGAAAGACACUUCUCGGGUCUUCGCUCUCUCCCUGUACAUCCCCAACUGUGACAAGAAGGGUUUCUUCAAGCGCAAACAGUGUAAGCCUUCUCGUGGUCGGAAGAGGGGCAUCUGCUGGUGCGUCGACCGAUUCGGUGUGAAACUUCCUGGCAUUAACUACGCCGGCGGAGACCUGCAGUGCAAAGAUCUUGACAGCAACAGCAACAGCAACGAAUGAGAAUGGUUGAGCCCUCAUUUCAUUUAAAACCUGCCAAUCAAGCUAGCACACUUAAUGACUGCCAAUCAGGAAACACACAUAUAUAUAUAUCUAUAUAUGGUCAGGUGUGAUGGACUGCUCCUUUUUUUUUUCUCAAGGGGGAGCUGAUGUGAGGAGCGUGCUUCAAGCAUCUUCUGGUUUUGAUGUAACGCUUUAGGUGAAUCUGGCUCCCCAUCGACUGUGUACCAUGUUUGAGGCUACAACCUCAUCUCUUCAUAUCCAUAGAUAAUAGAGAAAUAUAUAUAUUUGUAUCAUAUUGAAAACAUGUUGUGUACUGAGUCCCAGUGGCAAGUUAUAUAUUGCUAAUUUUACUCUAAGAAAGACAAGACAUAUUUUAAAUGUGGCUAAACAUCAUUAUUUUUUUCUUAUUUUUAUCAUAGUGGUGAUUAACACAAAAGGCAGACCAUUAAAUAGAAAGUAAAUGAGGUAUUUUAUGUUACCGUUAACCUGUGUGACCAACAUAGUGACAUAAGAGGCCAUUUUUAUACCAAAUAACUGCUGCAGAAAGAGUCGCUGCAAAUUAAACAAACUUGGAUACUGCAUUCUUUAAUUUGAAAAAAUAAAUAUACCCAUGCAGAGAUGUAAUUAAUAUACAUAUAUUGAAUUUUUAGGGAAACACAUGCACAAAUUAUAUGUGAAACCUAUUGGAAAUUGCCAUCUUGCUAUUUUAAAAAAAUCCUAAUUUAUUUUAAGGAUUUAUAAAUCUUAUGUUGUUCAGUAUGUUACAUACACUUCACAAGUCAUUAAUAAAGAUUUUAAAAAGGAAUUACAUUAUAGUAAUUGUAUCCAUUUGGCCUAAAUGCAAGAUAACAUACAUUUUAAGUAUGAUUUCUCUUAAAAGUCUGUUUAUCAGUCAGUAAGUUAGACCGUUUACUAAUGAGUUACUCUCAUUAUAAAAUGAAAAAUGGAACCUUACUGUAAAGUAUAACAUCCCUAUUGAAUUACAGUUCUUUUUAUUAGAAACCUUCUGCUGGAGCUGUUUAUUUGUUGAUGUUAGAUAUUUCAGUUUUGAAGCUAACAAAUAUUUCUGUUGCCUACAUCCUUAUUAACAUGAAAACAUGUUUUAAGUGCUGUUAACUAGAGAUGAAACACAUGAAUGCUGAUUAUAAUACAUACAAAAACUGGCAAAUAAAUCAGCAUUUUGUCUAAACUGCCUCAACAUGCCACUUCCUGAGCCUUCCCACUAUAGCGCUCAUGUAGCGUUGGUAUUUUGGAUCACUCAUCAAAUUUGUAUAUAUCUGUCCUUAUCUAAUUUGAAGAAGUAACUAAUUAUAUUUACAUCCAGAAACAGUGGUGUUAUAAUACUUACAAUGCUGCUCCGAAAAUAGGUAGUUCUUGGUUAGUAUAGACAUGAACCACUGCUAGCUAAAAACAGGUAGAGAACAGGUUCAGAUAGGUUAAUUUAAUGUAUGUGCAAAUGCCAAUGCUUUAAAGCGAACUUUAACCUUUAGUUUAGAAAUUAAAUCAGCUAUCAUCAGUGAAUUACCAACUCCUAGUUCAACAGAUAAUAUCUGAAACCUAAAGGUCAAUGUGGACUUUUUUUGCCAAACAACAGGCCACUGGCCAUAUUUACAACCUUAUCAACACCCAAAUUAUGAUCCAUUCUUAACAUAUGACCUUAUAGUGAACAUAAAUGGCAAGAUUCUGCUUCAUAGAGGAGUAUAUGUAUAUGUAUGUUUCUGUAUGGGUAAGAGGAGUGCAACUGUGUCAGUGUCAGAGUUUAAGUCACAGUACAUUUCAGUUACUGUCCUUUAAUGUCAAAUAAUGCACAGAAAUUCCACUUCAACUAUCAGUUUAUGAUUCAUGUAAUCCAAAUAUUUUCAAGACUGAUGUUUUUGAGAUAGUCUGUUAAUUUUUAUAUUGAAACAUUUAUUAUAUAAGUUAUGUACCCUCAUCCUCCAUACAGACCCACAGACACUUUAAUGAACACACAAUCAGGAUGAAACUGAAGUACUGUAGUUUUAAAAGGCCUUUUUUGAGUCCAUAUACUGUGUUAUGCCUCCACUGUUUGUAAAUGUAUGUACAGUUUGUGUGUGCAUGCUCCUGAGUACGUCUGUCUGUAUGUGUGUGUGUGUGUGUGUGUGUGUGUGUGUGUGUGUUAUAUGUGCCCUUAUAGUUCUCAUCUCCAGUCCAUAUUCUCUCAUGUCCAGCCUACCCAAAGCUACUUUACAACACACACACAUACGCAGGGUGCCGUGCGUUUCCCUUCACAGCUCACACACAAAUUUUAUGCAAAGGCACCGUGACGCUUAUGUUUCCACGUGGGGGGUCCUCGCCCGCCACCACGCAGGCAAAUCCGCUGGCCGACCUGCUCUCAGGGUUUGUUAGGUCCUCCGUCCUGUCAAGAGCAAGGUCGCUGAGUUUGUAUGGAAAUUCAAGUGCCUUCUGCCCAGCGCCACUUUGAAUUCUGAUUUGCAUGUGCAUCCAUUGUGUUGUCAGAUGUUUGGUUUUCAUGGUUUCAGUCAGAAGAUCAUUCACUAAAGCACUGCUGAUGACAGAGGACAAAUGUUUUUGUUCUUUUGCUUUUUGUUUUUUUUUUUGUUAUAAUCUCAAUGCUCAAUUAAUGACAUUUAUAAUCUCAGACAUUCCUAAUGCCUGCACAUGAUGUGCUCACUUUAUCGCGUCGACAGGGGCUCCUCUGCCUAUUCUUUCCAGUAAAACACCUGUUUUGCUCUUGUUUCCAAAACACAUGUAAACACAACACAGUGACACUUUUUAGAAUCUAAAAAAAAAAAAGAUUAAUGUGAACAUUAUGGUGAAAUAUUUAUCAGGAGUGUAAUUGAUGUACUUUUUUUGUAAUGACAAAGUACUAUUUAAAUAAAGUUCAUGUACUCACAA